AUGGAUAAAAUGAUGAAACAGCAAGAACUUACAAACAAGAACAAUGAAGCUUCCAUAAGAAACAUAGAAAGGCAGAUUGGACAACUUUCCAAGCAAGCUGUGAUUGAAAGGCCAUCAAGCUCACUCCCAAGUGACACCAUUCCAAAUCCUAAAGAAGAAUGCAAAGCUAUACAGCUAAGGAGUGGAAGAACCUUGGUGAAUGACAAGGAGGCAACCAAGAAGCCUAUGGAAAGUAACAAAAAGCCAAUAGAGAAACAGGAAGCCAGCAACAAAGAAGUGACAGCAAGCAAGCAAACUUCAGAAAAGCUCAAAGAGAAGGAUGACCAGCCACAAAACUUAAGGAAAGGGAAGGAAGCAAUAGAAGGACCAUCUCAAGGACAGAAGCAAGAGGAGAAGACUUUCACACCUCCAUUGCCAUACCCUCAAAGGUUCAACAAGGAGACUAAGGAUCAACACUUCCCCAAAUUCUUUGAAGCCUUCAAGAAAUUGGAGAUUAAUAUUCCAUUGGAUGAGGCAUUAGAGCAGAUGCCUCUAUAUGUAAAGUUUUUGAAAGAGCAUAUCAACAAAAAGAGAAGUUGGCAUGAGAAGGAAACUAUAUUGCUCACUGAAGAAUGCAGUGCUGUGAUGCGUAAGAAAGGCAAGGAACCGGUUCCGUAA